UAAAAACUGAAGCAUUCAAGCAUCAAAUGGGAUUUUUUUUUAGCUCCACUAGGGCAAAUUAUUCAUUUUGCACUGCAAAGAAAAGAAAACCUAAUAGAGUUUAGGCGUCAAUAUAAACAGAAUAGCUAGUUCUUCAUUCAUCUUUAAUAGUUUUCCUGGUUCACACUUCAUUACUUCCUUCAAAAACCUGUUCAUCAAUACGCUCCAAACUCCAGCCGAUAAAGUUACGAAGAUGUCGAUAAUAUUGAAGAGAUAUGGAUCUGUAAUUUCGUCUUCAAUCUUUAUCAAAAAUCUUGGUGGUUCUUCAUCUACUCCAACGGUUUCAGGUUAUAACAGCCUUCGGUCAGAAGCCCCAAGAUUGUACCGAGGCAUUGAAUCAUAUUCUAGCUCUUCGAUUCUAACCACAUUCCAGAAGAGGUGCGCAUCUAACAGCCCUAAAAUGGCAGAUGACAGCAAGAUUAGCAUAGGACCACGUAAAGCACUGGAUGAUGAUGAAGGCGACAAGGAUGCCAAGGUAGCUUAUCUGGGUCCGAUUUCUUCCACUAUUAGGAAAGUUAAGCUUCUAUCUCUUAGCACCUGCUGCCUCUCCGUGUCGUUAGGGCCUGUGAUAGUUUUUAUGACAUCCCCCGAGUUGAAUGUGAUCUUGAAAGGCGGAGUUGCAGCUUGUGCCAUAUUCUUCAGUGCCAGUACCACUGCUGCCCUUCACUGGUUUGCGAGCCCUUACAUCCAUAAAAUCUGGUGGCAACCUGGUUCUGAUACCUUCGAGGCAGAAAUGAUGUCGUGGUUGGCUACCCCACUAAAGAAGACCAUCCAAUUCGCUGAUAUAAGGGAUCCAGAGACAAACAGACCAUUUGUGACAUUCAAGGCUAAUGGAAAUUUCUAUUUCGUGGACGCUGAAAACUGUCAGAACAAGGCUCUGCUUGCUAAGUUGACUCCACAGAAACAUGAAUCUGCGUUCAAGAACUUGUGAUUGAAAAAUGUCCGAUGGUGAUUUUGUAGACUUGUAUCUGCUAAAUUUGUUUUCGGCUAAGCAAUAGUUAGUCGCGAGGACUAUAUAUAAAAAGAAAAGGUAAACAUCACCUAGGUAGAAACAUGCUAUCUUGAGAUUUUUCGUCUACAAUGAUUGAAAUAAUGUUUGUAUCUUUCCAAACGUUUGAUUUAUGAUAUUGGUAUCGGCAUUGAAUCAA